UAGGCAUCACAUAAAUUGAAGUUUUUAGCAAAUAAAAUCACUUAAAAUAAUGAAAUUAAAUUAAUCAACAUAAAAGCAAAUUUUAAUCCAUUCAAAUUUAUUUCACUUCUAACUCGUACUUUUUACGGAUCUGGUUACAAAAAAAUAUGUCAUUAAUGUGUCAUUUUAUUUGCGCAAUCCUAGGAUGUAAAUUGUAAAUACAUUUUUGCAUCUCAACGAGCACCUCAUAUUGAGUAAUUUUUGAUAAACAAUAAUAUGCCAAAGAAACAUCUAAAAUACUUUUUUCUGAAUUUACUAGAUAGUGGUUACUUUUCUAUAAAUAACUUUCACGCAUAAACAAUUCGUGAACACGUUUAAUAAUUUAUAUGGCAGGUUGAGUGAGCAAGUAUUCUGUGCAGUGUACCUUUACAAGUGCUGUUAAAUAUGAAUUGUCAAUUUAAUAAUGGAAAAAAGGUUAAUAUACGUCAAAGGUCAGGUAUAUAAAUUAUACAAAAUUGCAAUUAAUAUCAAAUGCUUGUGAUUUGAAUUUGAACCUCAUGAGACAUAAACUUUGUGUGCGGUGUGACAAUUUUAAAGUGGUUGUAAACUCUGUUUUUAUUUCUUUCUAAAGAAUGCCGACAAUGACUUAAACGUCGUUUAUUUUUCAAUUCGUUUUGAAGAAAAUUCCCUGCCAAAUAUUUUAGAGGCGUUAUCAUACGCCCACAGUUGGCAUUUUAACAUGUGUACAGUUACAAUUAUUUAAUCACAGUGAAGAAUGAGUAAAACUAAUUUAAACAAAAUGUUAAGACUUAUCAAAGAAUUCAAUAAUAUAUUGUGAUGAUUAAUUGUUAAAUAUUAGCAAAUAUUUUAAUCAGUGAUGUGUUGUGGUUUAGUUUCAAUGUAUAUAGUAAAAUACAACAAAUAUAUAUUAAAUUUGAUAUAAUGAGUACUGAGGAUGAAGACGUGCUUCUAGCACGAGCAGCCGAGGAACGAGAAAGGAUUUUUCUUAAAUAUGAAAGGGGACGAGAACCAGGAGCUGAGAUCGACCCUUGGGAGGAUCCGGGGUUUGAAGUCUAUCAUGCUAUGGAUAGGUAUGGAUUUAUACAUGAUAAAAGAUUACCUAGAAAAGAUGACCCAAAUGAAGCUAAAAGUAAACAGAUUGAAAUGGAGCGUGUUAAGAAAUGGGUUAAAAUGCUUAAUAAAUGGGAUAGUCCGGCAACGAAGGAUAAAUUACAUAGGAGAAUAUAUAAAGGCAUUCCAAAUUCGUUAAGAAGUCAGGUAUGGUGUAAACUACUUGAUUUGGAAACUGUUAGAAAAAAUCAGGAAGGUGUAUAUUCAUCAAUGUUGGCUGCUGCUCGUAAGUGGUCAACUGAUGUGAGGCAAAUUGACUCAGAUGUAAAUAGACAAUUUAGGGAUAAUAUUGCUUAUCGUGACCGAUAUUGCUUGAAACAAAAAGAAAUGUUCAAUGUUCUAACAGCAUAUGGCAUGUAUAAUAUGGAGGUUGGUUAUUGCCAAGGUAUGUCUGGUGUUGCUGGAAUGUUACUCAUGUACAUGGAUGAAGAAGAUGCAUUUUGGGCAUUAUCUGUAUUAUUAACUGAAAAGAAAUAUGCCAUGCACGGAUUGUACAUCGAAGGAUUUCCAAAACUCAGUAGAUUUCUAGAGCAUCAUGAUAAGAUAUUAAAUAAAUUCAUGCCUAAAUUGAAAAAACAUUUUGAUAUGUAUGGAUUAGAUGCAAUUUUAUAUUCGUUAAAGUGGUUCUUUGUUUGUUUUGUUGAAAGGGUGCCGUUUAGCUUAUGUUUAAGAAUUUGGGAUAUAUAUUUAUUGGAUGGAGAAAGAGCAAUUACAGGGAUGGCUUAUACAAUACUCAAAAUGCAUAGGAGGGCAAUACUUAGGUUAACAGAUAUGGAUCGAAUAGUACAAUAUAUUCAGGUGCAGUUACAUAAAGAUUUUGGAUAUGAUGAUGAUACUGUGAUUACAAUGCUAGAGCGAAAUAUGGAGGAAUUAAAAAGAGCAAAAUUAGACUUGCCUGAUCCACCUCAGCCACAUGAGCUGCCAAAAAGAAAAUUUGGUGAAAUUCGAGAGCAAUCUUUUGAAAGAAAAGUAGGCAGAAGAACUCAAGAAUUUACAGCAACUGAAAAAAGUGUGACUGAAGGGAUUGUUCUGAGAAGGGAAAAGGCAGCCAGUGAAGCCCUGGAAGCCCGUAUCUCGGCUGAGGUUCUUCCAGGCGAUGGAACGGGUGUGCUGUCAGGGCAAGGAGGUGGAGAUAUUGAAGAAAGUGGAUCACUAUUGGGAUGUUCCAGGCAUUCUCUUGCUGAUACCAGCGUCACGAGUACGGCUGAUUUGUCAGUACUGUCGGCAGCCAGGUCGCAGGCAUUGGACAACAGCCUGGACACGCAUAGUUAUAAUUCGGAAGGCAGCCUGAGUCAGGGCUCUAACCAAUGUUCUCUCAGUGUCGCCAGAGCACCUUCGGCUACUUUGUCAACGCCACGUGCGACACCACUUCCACCAGGAGACGUGGUCCGAAUUUACGUUCCAGCUGCCCCUGCAUCACCUAAAUUAUCACCUCGACAUCAGAAGCCAUCUCCUCAAAAGCAACCGAAAUCGUCAGGAAUAGUGACAUCUAGUCAAGGUCUACAAUUGCCACUGGAGGAGAUGAGCUCCAAUAAUACCAAUACGAUUAGAAUACGGGUUAAUAGUGAUCCUCGCACUCCUAAAAGAGAAAGUGUGGAUUAUGAAGAUAGUAACACCACACCCGUGGUGGAAAAUUAUCAGAAGUUUCCAAUGGAAAAUGGUGGUAGUUUCAUGAAGUCUUGGCCGUAUAGUUCUACAGGUGUUGAUGUUUUUAAUGGUUCCAGAGAGUAUAUUGGAAAAUCGUUGAAUAUAGAUGAUGAUGAAGAUGAAGAUAUUAGUGAAAACGACUUUAGAAAUUAUGAACGCUCUCCAGUAGAAAAGGAUUCACGUAUAGGUUAUGAUAUAUUAAGGAACGACCAGGAAUUCAUACGCAGCCCUGAUGUACACUAUAGGCCCAUGGGCAGCGAUAGCCACGGAAUCGAUUUAAAGUAAAUUCAUAUUUAAAUGUUCAAUAUAACGGAAAUUUUAAAGUCAAUUAUUGCUCGCAGCACACGUAACAAUAUUGAAGAUUCACAGAAAUAUAUUCAUAUCUGAAGAUUUAUUUACUGAUAGUGUCAAAAAUAAUUCGUAUGUAGAAUUUGUGGUUACGCGUGAUGCCGACAUAAUAAUCACUGUGGGAGAUUUCACAUAAGUCAAUAUGGAUUUUGUUUGUUUUAUUUGACCAAAAGAUUAGAAGAAAGUGUAUUGCAUUUAUAUUUUUUAAUAUAUUGAAUAUUAGCAUCUCCAUUUUGUGAAUCUGUAUGCGCCUGUCGCAUUUUUAUCAUAGUAAUUUAAUAUUAAAUAUGAAAUCUUAAAGAUGAUCCUUCAUAUUGUAAAACAUCAUGCA